GCGGAAUUGAGGAGGUAGAGGGCCCGGACAGAAGCAGCUAGACAAAGGCGGGGGGGGGGGUGUCUCGAAUUGGGGAGUCUCUCCAGAGGAUGAAAAAGAAGGGCUCUUAUGUUGUACCCAGGAAAAUAUACGUGAGGGACCCUGCACCGCGGUCCCGUGAGAGAGAGAGGUCUGGGUGUGGCACCCUCAGGCCACAUGGGCCCCCAGCCCACGAACUGCUCUCUAAGCGCAGGCCGAACCAUGGGUACCCAAAAGCCGCGGAUCCUGCCCUGGCUGAAGUUGCAGCUGGACUUGGGGCGGCUGGAGGGGGUGGCCUGGCUGGACGAGAGUCGCACGCGCUUCCGCAUCCCGUGGAAGCACGGCUUGCGCCAGGAUGCCCAACAGGAGGACUUCGGCAUCUUCCAGGCCUGGGCCGAGGCCAGCGGCGCCUACACUCCUGGAAAGGAUAAACCUGAUUUGCCCACCUGGAAGAGGAAUUUCCGAUCGGCCCUGAACCGGAAGGAGGUGUUGCGUUUAGCGGAGGACCGGAGCAAGGACCCCCACGACCCCCACAAGGUCUAUGAGUUUGUGAACUCAGGAGCUGGGGACUUUCCUGAGUUGGACACCUCUCCAGAUACCAAUAGCAGAUGCAGUCCCUCUGACACCCAGGAAGACAUACUGGAGGAGUUGCUGAGUGACAUGGCCUUGGCCCCAUUCCCAGAUGGGGGGCCCUCGAGCCUGCCUAUGGUCCCUGAGGAGACCCCUCCAUUCUUGCUGAGCCCCAGCGUAGACAUCCCUGCCCCCUGCCCAAACCUGCAGCCCCCGGAAAACCCACUGAGGCGGCUGUUGGUGCCUGAGGAAGAGUGGGAGUUCGAGCUGACUGCCUUCUACCGGGGCCGCCAAGUCUUCCAGCAGACUGCCCUCUGCCCGGGGGGCCUGCGGCUGGUGGCGUCAGAUGCAGACCAGACACUGCCUGGACAGCCAAUAAUCCUGCCAGACCCCGGGGUGUCGCUGACGGACAGGGGCGUGAUGGGCUACGUGAGGCGUGUGCUGAGCUGCCUCGGUGGGGGGCUAGCUCUGUGGAGGGCGGGACAGCGGCUCUGCGCCCGGAGGCUGGGGCACUGUCACACGUACUGGGCCUUGGGCGAGGAGCUCCUCCCUGACAGUGGCCACGGGCCCAGCGGCGAGGUCCCCAAGGAUGAGGAAGGAGACGUGUUCGACCUGAAGCCCUUCGUGGCAGAACUGAUUGCCUUCAUUGAAGGAAGCGGACACUCACCACGCUACACCCUCUGGUUCUGCGUUGGGGAGCCAUGGCCCCAGGACCAGCCGUGGAUCAAGAAGCUCGUGAUGGUCAAGGUUGUUCCCACUUGUCUCAGGGCCCUGCUGGACAUGGCACGGUCAGGGGGCGCCUCCUCACUGGAGACCACCGUGGACCUGCACAUCUCCAACAGCUACCCACUCUCCCUCACCUCGGACCAGUACAAGGCCUACCUCCAGGACCUGGUCGAAGACAUGGAUUUCUAGGUCACUGGGGAGAUCUGACCCCUCACUCCUCAUGGAUGAUGGCCUCUUGCGCCCUCACCUUGGCCAAUAAACUGUUUCUUACCACUGUCA